AUGGCUGACCUGGACCACAACCUCAGCCUUGCAGAUGCUCUGACAGAGCCACCUCCUGAGAUUGAGGAAGAAGUGAAAAGGGACUUCAUCGCCACUCUGGAAGCAGAGAAAUUUGAUGAUGUGGUUGGAGAAAAAGUAGAUAAAACAGACUAUGUUCCUCUGCUGGAUGAUGAUGAUGCAAAGCCUGGGAGCCAGGAACCAAAGAACAAACCCCAUGCAGAUGGUAUUCAGGUGGAACAUACUUCAGCUUCUGGGCCAACAGUUGUAGAAAAUGGUGACCAUGGGAUAGAAGAUCAUCACCCAGUCUUCCCAGGAGAAAUCAUGGAUGAAAAGAUGUCGUACAAAGAUUUUCUUGAUCGCAACGAGUCCUGGACAGUGGAUGACAGAGACCUGUGCUUUGAGCAGCAGCCAGUGUUCAAACCCAUGGAGAUGGCUGACCCCUUCAGCAUGCACAGGGGGGAGAACCUGCCUGAUCUGUCCUUUCCUGACAUGCAGAGUGUGCCGCUGUUCCCGGGCCACAUUGAUGCUUCCAGGGACAUGCAUGCACCACAUGGAUCCAUGAUGGUACCUGAACAACCAUUCUUGGGGUCCUUCUAUGCUCCUGCAGAAGCUCUAGACCCAUCAGCCUUCAUUGGCCUGGAUUCAACUGCAGAAUUUCUGCAAGAACAAGCAGUGCCUGAAGAACAUUGGAUGGGAGCUCAGCAUGAUGUGAAGGGACCAGAUGCCUCUUUCUUUGGUGAGCCACCAGUGCCCCCCACAAUGACUGAAGCAAUGAAACCCCACUUCCCAGGAAGCCCUGUAGCUGUGGCUCCUGCUUUCCCUCCUGCUGCAGGGACAGCAUCUCCAGGAGAGCCCGAAGCUGCUGAUGGACCAGAAGGUGCAACAUCAGCAGAUGCAGCAUGUGUUCCUGCCUUGGGUGGCCUGUCCCUUCCUGCAGAAAAACCUGGGUCCAUUCUUGCAGCAGACACCAAGCCUCCUCAAGCUCUGGAUGCUGGAUGUGUCCCUCCAGCAGAAACCAACCCUUUCCAGACUGUGGAUGUUGGGUUUGCUCCUGCACCAGAAGCCAAGGCUCCUCAUGCUGUCAAUGCUGCAUCCACCCCAGUGGCAGGUCCUGGCUUCACCCCAGCAGCAGAUGCCACGUCCCAUUAUGGGGCAGAUUUGGAGUUUUCUCCAGCAGAAGAUGCAGGGUUUGCCCCAGCAGCAGACACAGCACCUCCCCAUGGGAUGGAUUUGGCCUUUGCCCCCGCAGCAGAUGCAGAACCUCAUCAUGCUCUGGGGUCUGAGUCUUUUGCCCCAGCAGCAGAAGUCAACCAUCAUCAUGCUAUGGAUUCUGGGUUUGCUCCUGUGGUGGAAGCCAAGCCUCUCCCUGCUGUGGAACCUGGGUUUGCCUCUGCAGAAACCAAGUCUGUCCCUGCAGCUGACACCAAGGGUGCUGCAUCCGAAGGGCUGGUGGCAUCUGAGUCUCCUCUUGAUCAGCAGAAGUCACCCAUUGACAAGUCUCCUGCAGAAGCAACUGCAAAUGUGGAAUCCAAAGUCCCAGAAUCUUGUGUUGAUCCCUCAGAGAAAGCUAAAGACCUCAGAGCACCUCCCAACCAGCACCAGGAGCAUCUUCCAGAGCAGACAAACCACCUUUCACAACCAGCAGUUGCAGUAGAAGCAAAAGAAGCUGCUGCACUAGAAAAUAAAGACCUUCCAGAAAAGCCUGUUCCCACUGUGGAUGUCACUGUUACAGAGAAACAAAAGGAGGAGGCUGAACACAACCAUGUUCAACACGCAGAACCUCAGCAAGAAAAAACCCUGCCAGAGCCCACAGGAAAACCAGAAGAGACCAAACCAGCUGAAGCCGUGACAGGGAACGAUAUCACAGCACCUCCCAACAAAGAGCUUCCUCCCAGCCCUGAGAAGAAGACAAAGCCUGCUGCCACCACACCAUCUCCAAAGCCUGCAGCACCGAAAGCCAGGCCCCUGGCCACCACCAGCCCCAAGAGGCCAGCCUCUGCCACGCCUGGUGGCCCAAACAAAAAACCCACCAGCCCUACUACAGGUCCUACUCCAGCCACUCCCAAGCGCCCAGCCACCAGCACCACCCGGCCCUCCUCCCUCACUCCAAAAGAGACUAAACCAAAGGUUGCAGAUGCGAAGCCCACCGAGAAGAGGACCUCCCUCUCCAAGCCCCCAUCAGCUGCCUCUUCCAGACCUGCUGCCAGGAGCACCCCUGCCACUCCCAAGACAACAGCACCAUCACCAGUCACUGCACCUGCUGCUGCAAAAAAUACUGCUGCUUCUCCUCCCAAGAGGCCAACGUCUAUCAAGACCGACGCGAAGCCUGCGGAUGCCAAGAAGACCUCAGCAAAGUCACCAUCAGCAGAGCUGAGCCGCCCCAAGAGCGCUGCUGGAAAUGCAGUCAAAAGUAGCACGACCACAACUUCCACCACCACCUCCAGCUCUCCUGCUUUACCUGCAGCAGCCAAAAGUCUUCCCAAACCCAAGCCUGCUGCGACCAAACCCACCACGACCUCAACCACCACAACGGAUGCUAAAAAAACCACCACUAAGGCUCCCAGCAAGGCCAGCGCAGCUCCCAAGCCGCUCCGCCCCACCAGCAGCGUUUCUGCUCCGGAUCUGAAAAAUGUACGUUCCAAAAUCGGAUCAACAGACAAUAUUAAACACCAGCCUGGUGGAGGAAAGGGGAAAAUAGAGAAAAAGCCAGAGUCAGCUGCUGCUGCCCGAAAGCCUGAACCCAGUGCAGUCUCUAAAAUGGCUACUGCUAAAACAACUGUAUCAAAAGAGAGUGCCCCAAAACAACCCAAUGGGAAAGUCCAGAUAGUCUCCAAAAAAGCGAACUACAGCCAUGUUCAGUCCAAGUGUGGUUCCAAGGACAAUAUUAAGCAUGUCCCUGGAGGUGGGAAUGUGCAGAUCCAGAACAAGAAAGUGGACCUUUCCAAAGUGUCCUCAAAGUGUGGCUCCAAAGCAAACAUCAAACACAAGCCAGGGGGAGGAGAUGUUAAAAUUGAGAACCAGAAGCUGAACUUCAAGGAGAAGGCCCAAGCCAAAGUGGGUUCUCUGGACAACGUGGGACACUUGCCAGCAGGAGGAACCGUGAAGAUUGAAUCUCACAAGCUGACGUUCCGUGAGAAGGCCAAGGCUCGGACAGACCACGGAGCAGAAAUCGUCGUCUCCAAACCCCCCAACCUUUCCAGCAGCACUUCCCCCUGGCGUAGCACACCCGGCAGCCAGAGCCUGGCCUCAGUCGCCUCCUUGUCACCGCUGCAACAGCCAGCCCCCCUGGCAGCCCCUCCUCAGCAAGGCUUGUGA